GGGAGUUCAAAGUAUAAUUGUUUGCGCUCUUUUGUAAUUGACUUUUCUGUGCAUACUGCCCUCACAACGGCUUCACGGAAAUCGCGACCAGGUACGUUGGGUUUCAGGAGAAAAGGCGAUGGCUGGGAAUCAGUUGAGUUUGAGAUGCCGAGGAGCUCAGACGCUUGAUCUGGAGAGGACUUCUCACCUGGACUCCACAGGUGGAUUGCAUGCCAGACACUCACCGCAGAUAAUCCACCACGGUGGUGUACCGAACUAGAUUUACGACGACCUCUGGCUGGAAGCCCCUCUCGUGGCAUGCGCUCAGUUGCAUCAAAGAUCUAAGACGCUUCUUCCAAUUCCUAAACUGACCUCUGCCCUGGAUAAACUACCAGUCUUGUAGGCCUAUUUCAUACAAUUCUGUCAACUCGUCAAACCUAUCGAAGCUGCACAAGAGUCGCAUCGGCCACUGCAGGGUCAGUUGCAUUACAACAUGGUUUCGUGAACUCAAGACUUGGAGUUCAAGUCCAGGCUGCGCAUAAGGAGAGAUAGCCUGGGGCUGAUUUGGAACGCGAAUCCGAUCCGAAUAUGAACCGACUCCAUUUAUUUUGUUGUUGUUGGGAAUCCCCACUCCGAGAGUGCAUCGGUUUCUCUGCUAUCUGGUCCACUUGGGUAUACCGUCUCCGCCGCCUGUUCUCCGGUGUGAUUCUCCGUCCGAACCCGCUGUGAUCCCAUGGAUAAGCUCAUAGUGUCUGGUCUCGUCGUUGAUGGGUUGAUGAACGUGGGCUACCAUCACAUGGUGCUCACUAUGGAGCCCGACUCCACCUCCCGGCAGCUGGACAAGAAGAGCAAAGAGGAAAUAAAGCGAGAGAAGAACCGCGAGUCAUCUGCAAGAAGCAGAAAGCGGAAGAGAGACGAGGACGAACGAAACCAAACUGAGAUUGAGCGGCUGGAGGGAGAGAACAGGCAGCUCAGAGAGAGAGCAGAGGCACUUCUGGAGGAGGGUCGAGUGCUACGAGAGCAGGUGGACCCUUACUUCCUGGACAAUCCCCUCUGUAAGGGAUGCGCACCAAAGGAGGAAGAAGAGAUUGGAAACGCUGCCGAGGGCACAAGCCAGCAAGGACUGGAGCCCCCCUUUCAGCUCCUACCGGGAUUCAGAGAAAACGAACCAGUGGAAGAAGAGCCGGGAUCAUAGUACCGUACUGGGGAUGGGCAGCAAGUGAAUGUCAGCAUCUUGAGCUGGGAUUUUGUAUUGUACAACUUGAUUUCAACGGAUACCUUUAUGCCUAGUGUGCAGCGACAGCAGCUUGAUGAGACAUCAAAAGCUAACGUGUGAUUUUGUUAUAGUCUGUCAAAUGAAAGGUCAUGAGGGGGGAAAGUAAGGCAAAGAACUGAUGCCAUAGGAAAUGAUCGUAAUGACACCAGUAAACGGAAUCAGUGGCUAACAAAUCAUGGGAGUUUGAAGUUGUGACUUGGAGACAAAGAGAGGCAGAGAGAACACUCUGUUUGGUUACUGGGAUGGUGAUGUGAUCCAAGCAUUCUGGGAAAUCGAGUUUCACGAUGCAAGAAAAACUGGGAAACCUAAGCACCAUGGACCACGGAGGCCUGCUGAGCAGCAUCAUCACUACUGCAAACCUGGUGCCAGAACUGUUCAUUCGUCCUGCAGUUGCAUCACUUUGGUGUCACAAUCUUUCCACUGCUUGUUGCCAGGUAUGAAAAUAACUAUUUGAUUUGCGAAAGAGCCAAGCGCAGAUGAUGACCGACAGCGUGAGCCCCUUUCUUCUGGAAUGAACUGAAUGUCUUUCAGAAUGGACCGCACGCUUUGGCAGCUUACUUUUGGCACAUCUGUUAAGACAUAUGCCAGUUCAAAUGAGCUUUUUCAGGACUCGUUGGAGAUGGAUUUGCCUUUAAACUUUCAUCUCGAAAGGGUGUGCCACUUUUUCUUGUUAAGUUCUCCUCUGAUUUAGAACUACAUGUAUGUGUAUUCGGAAAAAAACUGUAUCUCAGAGGCAACGGAGUAACCAAAGAUUGUCAGAAACUGCCUGACAUGUAUACAAAUAGAGAGAGAAUUCUUUCACACGUUUUUGAUUGAUUUUGCUUUUUGUUCCUCGUUUUGUAGCAGCAUCAUUCUCUUAUUUUAUCUUGAAGGCAUUGUAGCAAACUUGUCCCGGCGUACUCCUCUUUGGGGGGAGCAGGUUGAGGUUGAAGCGAUUUUGGUUCUAAGAGAUGAUUUCUGCUGUCCCUUAUUGUACAAGUUCUGGACUUAUGUAAGGGACUGCAGUAUGUUUGUUGAAAGUGUUGGCAUAUUCCGUUUAAAGGAUUGUAGUGGCAUAAGUUAAAUACUACUGACAAUUUACAAAGUUACUUAGACAUUCAUAACCUAACAGAGUAAGAACAGGCAAAAGCCAAUGACGAUUUUGCCAGGCAACCAUCUAUAAAACCCAUGUUACAGUGAAUAUUAUUUCUUAGAUGUCUUGCUAUAACAGGACCUAGGCCAGAGUAGGCCUGAUAGAGUAGAGAGCAAACCUAGGCAGGGGUGCGAGUGCUGGGAAGUGACAAAUCCACGAAAUUAUCACCAUCUGUAUUUGCCUCAAGACACCCCUAACAACACCCAUUUCUUGUGUUCGGUAUCAGUUUUUGUCAGCAAAAACACCUUAACAGUGAACUCAGCAUUUUUCCAAUAGUUUGAGAAAUCCUGAAAAACAAGGAAAUCCGGAUGAAAAAAUCCUGAAAUGAGGAAAAAUUCUGACAUAUCUCACCCCUGCUCAGGUAACUGCUACAAAGUGAAAGGUAAGCAGCCUUCUUGUCCUCGUACAAAAACGAAGAGAUUGACAACUGGAUGGAAUGACCAUGGUAAAACAUCCGAUGUACAUGUAACUGUGAUCCAGUACCUAAAAUGAGGUCAAAGUAGGUCUUCCAUUAGUUGUAGUAAUUACUCUACUUUGGCACGUCAAUCACAUCCAAAAUGACAGUCUUAUGCACCAACAGUUUGAAUACUUUUUUUAGUACGCAAAGGGAGAAACAACUUUUGUGUCCUGAUGUGAAACAUAAAAUAGUCCAUAAAUUAAGGUUUUUUCUAACAAUGUCAGCCCUGUUUUUGGAAAGGUCAUAUAUAUAUUGUUGAACUUUAUAACUCAGACGUAAAGACUGAAGUUUUGCUGAGUUGUCUUCUGUGGGAUAUGACAAGACUUGAGGGACAGUUCACCUCUUUGAGUUUGGGUCUGCAACUCCAGUGUUUGACUUAAAAAGCUCAACCUAGAUUCAAGUGCAUAAUAUUGGUGCCUGUAUAUACCAAUGAGGACUAAGCUUAUUAUUCCUCAAGUGUCUACCUCCAUGCAAACAAUGAAAAGGUUUGGGGCUGCAGCAUCUCGGCCUGUCAAAAUUUGGCACUGUAGCAUCUUGGCCGGUCAAUAUUUGACACUAUAGCAUCUUGGCCGGUCACUAUUUGACACUAUACAUGUAGCAUCUUGGCCGAUCAAUAUUUGACACUAUACAUGUAGCAUCUUGGCCGGUCAAAAUGUGGCACUGCAGCCAGCUAAAUCCCCGACAUCAGACUUUCCGAGUUUAGCUCCAUGCAGUCCUUCCAGUGUAGAAAACUACAGAUUUUUCAAACUCCAGAAUUGAAAUUUUCUGAUCCUGCAAUGUCCACGAAAAAGGAAACCUAGACUCAACUCAUCAUUUUAUCUGUUUCAUAUCUCAAGUAUAUUUUUGUAUUAUCUGUGAUUAUACUGUGCUUUCCGGAGGGCAUUACUGUAUAUUGUACACAUGUACAUGUACAUGUAUAGUCAAAUUAUAAAGUACAGUAUCAGGAUAUCAGAAUACACCAACAGUAUGUAAAUAAAUUGGUCUAAAUUCACUACAGGAUUACUUUCUGUUGGGCUAAUCUUAUUCUGUUGCAAAAGAUUUCACUUCUGUUUAUUUAUAAAUGCAUUAUGUUACAGCAGUAGUUCAUGUGAUGUUGAAUCCGAGAAGCCACAAAACACGGUAGACAUUGUUUUAAUAACAAAUUAAAUUUCAAAUGAUCAAGUCCCACAUCUUUGGGGGGGUACAUGCACGUCAAGCAGGCAUUUGGUGUGAUUAACUGUCACAAGACGAGUGUUGAGUUGACUGAUGUUUGUGGGAUUUCGUUGGGAGUCCAAAUCCAUCUUAAAUUCCUACUUUUCUUCUUUUCCCACUUGGGGUUCCGAGUCCAGUCUUUGGGGGCUACGCUGUUUGUGUCCUUGAGCAGAAAACUUUGACACUAUUUGCUUCUCCCCAAUCAGGACUAAAUGUGAGAGUGGAGAUGCUUCUUGUGUUUGACUCGCCGUCAGAACCUAAAAUGGCUGCUUCUGGCCAUCAGAAUCCCUCAGGGAACUGAGAUGGCUUUUGGGAAUGUUUAUGGGCCCGGCAAGCAGGGGUAGCAGGGAUGUAACAUCUUGCGCACCAAUGCAAAUAUUUCUUUGUACCCAGAGAAUGCUGCCAAGUUUUAUUGAACCAAAGUAUAUGUCACCGAACCUAUGAAAACCGAGUGGCUGGCCCAAAAACUGAAAGUGGUACUAGUAUUUCCCAUAACAUUAGCAAAAAUGGAAGUGUACACAUAGGAAGCAGAAAAUUUCAUUCCCAAAAUUCUUCAUAAUAACCAAGAGAUGCACACAGUGCACAGUACGUGAACAUCACAAAAUUUACAAGCAUGCAUGAAUUUACUUGGACUGUAGAAAUAUAUGAUUAAGAUGAGCUGGUAACAAGGUAUUCAUGCCUUUGAAUGCUUACUCCAGCCACUAGUUGGAAGUUACUGAGGUAAUUUGUUUUAUCCAACAACAAUGGAAAUUAUAAAGUGAAAAAAAGGAAUAAAAAACAAGAUUUUAUGACAAA